GAAUUGGUUGUGGAGUGGCAUUAUGGUGUUUAACUGGAAAACGUACAAACUUAAUUUAGAUGUGAAUGGAGUUAUUGCUAUAACUGGAAUAGCAUACGGAGCUAUGAGCAUGAUAUUACGUACAUUAUGCGUAUGGAUUAUUAUGUGGUGUUUAAGCCAACAACUUGGUGGUGAAGGAAUAACUAUCAAUGAACUAACACUUACAACUGACCUCUUUGGAGUACAAAUGGGAGAUUCUUAUGAAAUAGAAUAUAAUAUCACAAACUUUGACGGUAUUAAUUUAGGAGGAUUAUUUAAAGAAGCUCAUUGUGAAGCUAAUUAUGCUGAAUGUUUAACAGACAUGGCCGCAA